AGUCGAGCAUUUACAAUGUAGUAUUUAUUUGUAAAGUAAUGGUGUUUAUAGUGACACAUGUAGAGUUUAACUCACUAAUCACUUAGGCUCCCUCUAAGUGUGUGAAUAUUAGCAACGAACACUUCGGUUUCCCUUAGUGUAUGAAAAUUCUUUUCUUUUGAUGUUAUCUUUCCUCUGUUCGUGAAGACACUUCACUGAUAUAACUUAGCUCCCCUUAAGGGUGUGAACUCCUUCUCGUGUAAUGAAGUCUUAGACUCCCCGUAAGGCAGCGAAUCCCUUCUCAAGUAUCGAGUCUUAAGCUCCCCUAAGACCAUGAAACCUUCAACAAAGAUUUCACAUGGUUGAAUGUAGAUCAACGACAACACAGUAGAGUAUUGUAUUAAAUAGACAACAUAAAAACACAAGAACUCCACAUCAAUAAACAGAAGUGACAACCCUAACAAUGCAAAGACUUGCAAAUAAAUAGGCACAACAGAUAAAAGAAACAAUAUCAAACGAGUUCUGUAGAGCAUUAAGAAAGGAAAAAAAUCCAGAAAAAUAACUCUGCAGAAUUUUCAAAUAAGGAAAAAAUAAAUUGCAGGAAUGACAUCUUGUGUGACAACUUCUGUAACAACACCAGAUCAUCCACGAAACCAACAACUAUCAACCUCAAACAGAUAUAUAGCCAAUAACAAAACUCUAACAAUAUGGAACCUUUGUUCCUUCACAUAUAAGAACAGAACUUUAAAUGAUGUUCAUCGUUAAUGGAUUAUGAAUAUUUAAUUGAUGAUAUAAUGAAUUUUGGACACAAACAACAAUUGAUGAGGAGGAAAAGGAUGAACAAUAAGGUUCAAUGGAGGAGGGAAGAAAUAGAAAGGAAGAAGAAGAAAAGAAGGAAGGAAAGAUAUUUAUCGUAGCAAACAAUGUGGUGAAGUCGAUAUAUUUUCUCAUAUCCAUAAUUUACAAUCAAGGAUUGAAUCUCCAUUUCAUUAUACCAUUAGUCAAGUAAUAGUAAAAACAGCGUAACAAGGUAAAAAAAAAAAAAAAACUUGCGGAGUGAAAGAAAAUAUUUAAAAAAGUAAAUUAAUGAAUGAAAAUCGUGAGGGGGAAAAAAACGGUAGAAUCAAACGAAGACAGAUACUUACACGCUGUCGUCACGUCCCAUGCCAGCUAUGACACCGACGCGCUGCCAUGAAAUUACGUUUUUGUCAUUUAAAAAUAAAAUAAUUAAAAAAUCCGAAUUUUUUUAGUUGAGCCCUUCACGUUGCUCGCCUAUAAAAGCCCCUCUCCACGCCGUGCCUAACCUUCUUUCGCCUUCCAAUUCGCUCGCUGCCUUUCAGCUUCCGCUUCUCUAAGCUAAGUUUCCUUUUCUCCUUUUCCUCUCUUUUUCUUUUGGUCUUUUUUAUCUCUUUCUUUCUUUCUUUCUUUCUUCCUUCUUUCCUUUUCUUCUUCUUGGGUUUCCUUCCCAUUUCUCUCUCUUCUCUUCAAUUUCGAAUCUCUGUCCAAUUCUUCCUUCCGCUCCUCGGUUGCCUCUUGAUUUGUGGUUGUUCUUUCAAUUUGCCCGUUCUUUGAUUCAUUUCUCCUGCUUCCGUGUUUGCCUCUCUUGUUCUGAUUUCAAAAUCCGUGUGUUAGCUGCUUCCUUCUAGGGUUUUGUUCAUUUCCUCAAUGAUUUUAGGUUUUCUAUGACGUUCUCUUUAUUAAGGCGACGUAUUCGUAUCCUCCACUCCUUUUCGGUUGUGUUUCUCUACUGGUUCUAUGUUUUCUCAUGAACUAAUCGUUUCCUUCGUCGCGGUAGAAUUCGAUUGAUCUCUUCUUACACUAGGCUGAGUUGUAGAUCGGAAGAUUCGUUUUACUUUUAUCAGAUUAGAACCUGAAAUAACUUUUGACUUGUGAUUAUUUGGCGGGAAUUAAUUGAAAGAGAGAAUUAUAUGGCUUCUAUCCCAAGACAAACCAGUUCCGGAUCUAAUGGAGGUUCGCCAUCUGCUCUUCCUGAUGAGAGGAAGAGGAAGCGGAUGCAAUCUAACCGAGAAUCGGCUCGGAGGUCUCGGAUGAGAAAGCAGAAGCAAUUGGAGGACCUUGCUGGUGAGGUAAGUCGAUUACAAAUUGCGAAUAAUCAGCUUGUGCAGAGCAUUGGUGCCAAGGAGCAAGCAUUUGUACAAGUCGACAACAUGAACAAUGUUCUCAGGGCUCAAGCUAUGGAACUCACUGAUCGUUUGCGGUCCUUAAACUCUGUUCUUCAUAUUGUGGAGGAGGUUAGCGGGCUUGCUAUGGAUAUCCCUGAAAUACCCGAUCCUCUCUUGAAGCCGUGGGAGCUCUCUCGGCCAGUUCUGCCCGUUGCUGACAUGUUCCUGUGUUAGUCAGUCCCUCUUAGAGGGAUUAGAGAUGCCACAUUUGCGAGUCUUUUUGUCCCUUGGAAUCAUAGUCGUCUGUGAAUUUGUCGCAGGUCUUAGGAUUCUGCUCUGUGUGUCUGUGUUUGUGUGUCAUGUAAUUGUGGUAAUGUAUCUGCAAAUGUGGAUUAGUCAAGAUAAUGUCUAGAACAUGGUAAUUUAUGUGUUUUUGGUUAUGGUAAUGAUAUAUUAAUACUAUCUGUAUUCCGGGACUUCUAUAUUUGUGAUUUCUCACCGAGUAAUUGCUGAACGCAAGAAGUUCUUGUGUAUCAAUGACAUGGAAUUUGGUGUUAUCUCUCGAGUAUUGAAUAUUGUUGAUGCAAA